CUCUCUCUCUCUCUCUCUCUAUAUAUAUAUAUAUAUCUAUAUAUUUCUUUCUCAGUCUCUCCAACAGGCAGCGGCGACAACAACAACGUUCCCUCUCCGACUGCAGCGUUCUGCUACUCCUUUUGUUUUCCCUUCCACUCCACCUAUCACUUAACUAUCAGUAUAAAUAAACCGAAACCCUUCUGAUUCGAUCGUCGUGUUCGAGUCCCAGUUAAAAAAUGGCAACGGCAGCAGCCCAACUGCGAUUCUCGACAUUUGCAAGGCAAUACGCUGCUAAUUUCAGCAAACAAAACAACCCUAGAUUCCCAAAUCCCAAUUCUCCUUCUCUCUCUUUCCCUUUCUCUACCCCUCUGAAUCCCUCCCUCCGCCUCCUCCAUUCCAAACCACCCCACCUUUCCAAUGCCGGUGGAGGCUUCGGUGGCAGUGGCGGAGAUGGUGGAAACUGGAGUGGCGGCGGCGGCGGAGGAGCUGGUGAUUCGAGUUCUGACAAUUCAUCAUCGUCCGCGGCGGGGUUUGGGGUUCUGGGUCUUUUUCUAAAUGGGUGGAGAUCGCGGGUCGCUGCGGAUCCGCAGUUCCCUUUUAAGGUAUUGAUGGAGGAAUUAGUUGGUGUGUCUGCUUGUGUUCUUGGUGAUAUGGCUUCGCGGCCGAAUUUUGGUCUUGACGAGUUGGAUUUUGUUUUUUCGACCCUGGUUGUUGGUUGUAUACUGAAUUUUACCUUGAUGUAUUUGCUUGCGCCUACUGCGGCUGCUACUAGUCAGACAUUGCCUGCAAUUUUCGCCAAUUGUCCGACAAGUCAUAUGUUUGAACCUGGUGCAUAUGGUUUUAUGAACAGGCUUGGUACUUUUGUUUAUAAAGGAACUAUUUUUGCUGCUGUUGGUUUUGCCGCGGGUUUGGUAGGGACUGCGCUUUCAAAUGGGUUGAUUAAGAUGAGGAAGAAGAUGGAUCCCACUUUUGAGACGCCGAAUAAGGCACCUCCCACUGUUUUGAAUGCAUUGACUUGGGCAAUUCAUAUGGGGUUUAGUAGUAAUUUGAGGUACCAGACGCUGAAUGGGGCUGAGUUUUUGUUGGAGAAAGGACUUUCUCCCUUGGCGUUUAAGACAUCGGUCGUGGUUCUUAGGUGCUUGAAUAAUGUUCUUGGUGGGAUGUCGUUUGUGAUAUUGGCGAGGAUGACGGGUUCUCAGAGCGUUGAAGAACCAAAGCUGGUUGAUGUUGAUGUUGGGCUGGCUGCUCCAGAGAAGGAGAAACUGCUUGAUGGAGGAGACGAGUUGCAGAGCAAUCAGUCGAUUUUCAAGUGAUAAACUUUUUUUUGCAGAGCAAUCAGUCGACGUUCAAGUGAUAAAACUUUUUCAACUUUCACGGGUGGUUGUGCUUUGGGAAGGUUUUCUCUUGGCAUCCUCAAUCCAUAUGGUUUAUAUCAAUAAAGUUUGCAAUGGAGUCUGUCUAGUGUUGAUGGAAAUCUUGGAUGUUAAAUGAUUUGGGGGAUUUUAUUUAAUGAUGCUGGCCAAACUGAAUGUGAACAAGCUGCUGCUUGUAUUCCCCUUUAAAAUGUCGUUCUUCAGGAUUUUUCAGCUUAAAUAUUGAAGUAUCACUUCAGUUACAAGAGGUUGAGAGUGAUUGAAUCAUAUAUAUCGAUUUUUUAUUUC